AUGCCUAUCAACGUCCAGAAGAGCGAGAGGCGUAUCAACGUCCAGGAGAGCAAGACGCCUGUCAACGUCCAGGAGAGCAAGACGCAUAUUCUCGGCAAGGAGAGCAAGACGCAUAUUCUCGGCAAGGAUAACAAGGCGCUUAUCAACGUCCAGGAGAGCAAGACGCCUAUCAACGUCCAGGAGAGCAAGACGACUAUCAACGUCCAGGAGAGCAAGACGCCUAUCAAUGUCCAGGAGAGCAAGACGCAUAUUCUCGGCAAGGAUAACAAGGCGCUUAUCAACGUCCAGGAGAGCAAGACGCCUAUCAACGUCCAGGAGAGCAAGACGCCUAUCAACGCACAGGAGAGCAUGACGCCUAUCAAUGUCCAGGAGAGCAAGACGCAUAUUCUCGGCAAGGAGAACAAGGCGCUUAUCAACGUCCAGGAGAGCAAGACGCCUAUCAACGUCCAGGAGAGCAAGACGCCUAUCAACGUCCAGGAGAGUCAGACACAUAUCAACGAAAGCAAGACGCCCAUCAACGUCCAGGAGAGCAAGACGCAUAUCCACGGCAAGGAGAACAAGGCGUUAAUCAACCUUCAGGAGAGCAAGACGCAUAUCAACAACGUCCAGGAAAGCAAGACGCCUACCAACGUACGAGAGAGCAAGAGGCAUAUCAACGUCCAGGAGAGCCAGACGCCUAUCAACGUCCAAGAGAGUAAGACGCAUAUCAACGUCCAGGACAGCAAGACGCAUAUCAACGUCCAGGACAGCAAGACGCAUAUCAACGUCAAGGACAGCAAGACGCCUAUCAACGUCCAGGAGAGCAAGGCGCCUAUCAACGUCCAGAUGAGACAGACACUUAUCAACGUCUAG